GGUCCGGCGCCCGCCGCUUUGCCUGGGGGCCCGAAGCCUGUCGCUCCAUCUGGGGGUCCGGCGCCCGCCGCUCCGCCUGAGGGCCCGAGACCUGUCGCUCCAUCUGGGGGUCCGGCGCCCGCCGCUCCGCCUGAGGGCCCGAGACCUGUCACUCCAUCUGGGGGUCCGGCGCCCGCCGCUCCGCCUGAGGGCCCGAGACCUGUAGUUCCGCCUGGGGGUCCGGCGCCCGCCGCCCCGCCUGGGGGCCCGAGGCCCGUCGCCCCGCCCGGGGGCCCGAGGCCUGUCGCCCCGCCCGGGGGCCCGGUGCCUGCCGCUCCGCCCGGGGGCCCGGUGCCUGCUGCUCCGCCUGGUGGCCCGAUCCCGGUGUGCCUCUGCCCCGGAGUCCAGCCCGGUGUGCCUCUGCCCGGAGUCCAGCCCAAUGUGCCUCUGCCCGGUGUGCCUCUGCCUGGAGUCCAGCCCGAUGUGCCUCUGCCCGGUGUACCACUGCCCGGAGUC